AAGAGAGGGCGUGGCCAGAAAAGUCCCCGCCCUCGGGACAUAGCAGGAAGAGGUAGAAAGCCAAGAGAAAGAGGAGGGGGCGUGGCUAGAGAAAGCCCCGCCCCGGAGGCGAAGAGAAGGAAGAGGCAGACGAGGAGGGGGCGUGGCUAGAGAAGGCCCCGCCCAGGGGAUGUAUAAAAGCGGCACCCGGCUGGGGCGCUGGAGCAGGACGUGAGUGGAGGCGCGUGCGCAGUGGAGCACCUUGGAGUGCCUCUGAGCGCGUCAAGAGCGCAGCCAGGGCCAUGUCGGCCACCCUGGAAGGCGGCUACCUGCCCGGGCCUUGCUGCGGAAGAAGCCCUUUCUUUGGAGUGGAUUCGGGGAUCCCGUCAGUAGAAAACAGAAGUCCCCGUCCUUGUGGAGGAAGAUCCCCCCGGGAGGAGGUCCCAGCGUGGCCCCGGAGCGAGACCCCCGAAGACCCCCUUGCCGCCCUCCUCCUGGGCUUCGGCCGGCUCUCUGCUUCCGGCGGGGCUGAUCGGAGCGCCCGCCCGCUGCCCCCGCUGCCGUCGGCUGAGGAAGGGCCGCAGGACGACAACAAUGAGGAUGCCGACAGAGAGGUGGAGUCCCUGACCAGUUCGGACACACAGCGCCUCCUCCUCCGGCGGCGUGGCUUCCGGGACUGUGGGCAAGUCAACUACGCCUAUUUCGAGGCCGCGAAGGAAGACGAGGAAAAAGCGGCGCCACCUCCGCCCCCGUUGCACCGGAGGCUGCGCCGCUCGCACUCGGGCCCCGCCGGGUCUUUCCACAAGCCGAGCAUCGCCAUCCGGGCGGCGAAAGCUUUCCCUGCUUCGGAUGAUGAUGAUGAGGAGGAGGAUUCCAAGCCGGAGGUGCCCCCGCGAGCGCCGAUCCCGGCCCGGGCGCUGAAGCCGGACCGGCGCCGCUGGUCGGCCGAAGUGGCCUCGGGGGCGUACAGCGACGAGGACCGGCCGCCCAAGGUGCCCCCCCGGGAGCCCCUCUUGCCAUCGCGUCCGCUGCGGACCCCCAGCCCCAAGAGCCUGCCUUGCUACCUGCACGGGGUCAUGCCGCCCACGCAGAGCUUCGCCCCGGACCCCAAGUACGUCAGCAGCAAGGCCCUCCUUUUGCAGCGGCAACAAAGCGAAGGUGGUGCGCCGUGCAUCCUGCCCAUCAUGGAGAACGGGCGCAAGGCCAGCUCCACCCACUACUACCUGCUGCCGGAGAGGCCCCCCUACCUGGACAGGUACGAGCGCUUCUUCCGAGAGGCCGAGGAAACGGCAGAAACGGCCGGGUUCGGGGACCCCGCCAAGCGCAGACACUUCCCGUGCGUGGUUUCCCCCUGAGGGUCCAUCGGGGUCUCCGUAAGGGAAGCAUUUCUGCAGGCGAGACAGCUUCGGGACCGGACCGGAGAGUGCCAGUUGAGACAGUCAUUCCACACCCGAGAGUAAUUUAAUAUAUAUAGAGAGAGAUGCCUCUGCGCGUGCAUGUAAUAUAUCUAUCAUUGUACAGAGAAACAUAGCGUCAUUAGGGACAUCCUUCCCCUAUGGAACUCCUUGUGCAUUGAAGGGGUGGCAGAGACGCAUGCCAAUGGGACCAUAUCGCUUUCCCAGGAGGCGGAUUUCGGGCCACAGCGCCGUCCAGACCCGCAUUCCCGCCUUUGGAGGCAGAGGCUGGGUUUCGGGUGCAAAAAUAAAUGAAGGUCUGUGAAUAAGCGUACAGUAUUGAGGAAGAAGCGGCCCGAGAGGGUUCGCUUUUGUAUCGUGGUGUCUUGCCAUUAUCUUGGAUCCAAUAAAGGUCUUCUGGACUUAUUUAUGGUA